AUGGGCCAGUUACUAGUGAAUUGUCUCUUAUACGCUGAACUGCAGGAGCCGGUGACAAUUUUGAAAAACACUUUGACUGUUAAGAGGAUGAAAGAACAUAAGAAAAAAUCUAAGAUAAGAGAAACUGUAGAACAAAUGGACAAGUUCGUGUACCUACUCAGCUGUAUGUUUACUCCGGAUGAAAAGUAUGACGACGAUAUAGAAAGACGAGUGAACGCUGGGAAUAUAGUAAACGGUGCGUUGCAUUCCUUUAUGUGUAGCCAAAAAAUCUCAAACGAGGCUCAACUGGUCGUACAUAGGGGAGUGCUUAUCUCGACGUUAACAUAA